AUACCCUAAGUUGGUGUUUUCUCAAAAAUGCCAAAAAAUAAUAGAAAUAUGGAGAGAGGGGAGAAAAAUAGUGGUGACACCAGCUUUUCAUCUCAAGGCUGUUAUAUUGGUCAACUGGUAUUCCGCCUGCUAUGCUUCGUUUAUUUUUUUCCUAUUUAAUACUGGCUAUAAUCUGCACCAUGUUCUUGCCCAAGAAAUUUAUGAGGGAAAACUUUGAUUUAGUUCAAGAAAGAUAUUGUGAGGAGCAUCUGGAGAAGGGAAAGAUUCUGCUUCUAACCUUCCAAGCCAUUGAAGAUUCUUCCAGCAUUCUUUGAAAUCCAAAUGUUAGAAAAGUAGUAAGAGCAUGGCCACAAAUUAGCUUAAGCUGCUUGCUCAUCCAAAUUGAAGAGUUUACAGGAGGCUUGCUCGCUAAAGGACCUUUAAUUCAAAGGGUUGCCCAGGGUUAAAGCAAUUUCACUCUUUAUGGCUAUCAAUAUUUCAUGUAAGUUAGUUUCCUAGUUUACUCUAUACUGCACUCUCUUGUUUCCUUUCAACAACAAUAUUCUCCAAAUCCUCCUGCUAAGUAAAUCAUGCAAGUGUUAUGGUUGUUCCCUCUUUCUUGAGGGUGAGGGUGUAGAGGAUUCGUUAGUACUGUAGUGGCAGAUUCAUAUUGCAUUUUGAUCCUGAGUUUUAGGAAUGAGGAUGGAGGUUUGCAAGCAUGUUACUGUGUAGCCUGAACAUAAUGGCAGAAUCUUGGGUGUCCUAAUCCAACGUGUACGCAUGAAACUGAACCCAAGUUCUCAAUUGAUGU